CCAACCUGCUGACAGAUUCUCGAAGGCGGCGGCGGCGGCGGCGGCGGCCUUGGGCCGUGGGGAAUGGGAGUCCCAGGGCCCUGACUGAGCACCGCCCCCGCCUCCCGUCCGCGCCAUGGCUCAGGAGAAGAUGGAGCUGGACCUGGAGUUGCCCGCGGGCACGGGCGCGAGCCCGGCGGAGGGCGGCGGCCCUGGCGGCGGGGGCCUGCGGAGGUCUAACAGCGCCCCCCUGAUCCACGGCCUCAGCGACUCGUCGCCGGUGUUCCAGGCCGAGGCGCCCAGCGCCAGACGGAACAGCACGACGUUCCCGAGCCGCCACGGCCUGCUGCUCCCGGCCUCGCCGGUGCGAAUGCACAGCAGCCGCCUGCACCAGAUCAAACAGGAGGAGGGCAUGGACCUCAUCAACCGAGAGACGGUCCACGAGCGCGAGGUGCAGACCGCAAUGCAGAUCAGCCACUCCUGGGAGGAAAGUUUCAGCCUGAGUGACAACGACGUGGAGAAAUCCGCCUCCCCGAAGCGCAUCGAUUUCAUUCCGGUGUCUCCGGCACCGUCCCCUACCCGGGGAAUCGGGAAGCAGUGUUUCUCGCCGUCCUUGCAAAGUUUUGUGAGUAGCAACGGACUGCCUCCAAGUCCCAUUCCCAGCCCAACCACCCGAUUUACCACCCGGAGAAGCCAGAGUCCCAUCAACUGCAUUAGACCAAGUGUUCUUGGACCAUUGAAAAGGAAAUGUGAAAUGGAAACUGAUUAUCAGCCAAAGAGAUUUUUCCAGGGCAUCACCAACAUGCUGUCUUCUGACGUUGCACAGCUGUCAGACCCCAGUGUGUGUGUAUCUACCGAUACCCUGGAUGGAAACAGCAGCAGUGCCGGAUCUUCCUGUAACUCACCAGCGAAAGUCAGCACUACCACCGACUCUCCUGUGUCGCCCGCCCAAGCAGCCUCCCCCUUUAUUCCAGUAGAUGAACUUUCCUCAAAGUGACUCACUCGUCUUGAAUCCCCCUCCCCCAAUGGAGAGACAAAAAAAAAAAAAAAAAUCAAGUUAGAGCAAGCACUGAACUUUGUCGAUUACGUUAAAGCUGUUUCCUAUUUGACUCCUCCCUCUUUUUGGAAAUUCCUGAAAUGUUAUUCUAGAGAAUUUCUAUGUCAGGUUCCUGCGGAUGCCCUUGAAUUCAGUGUAGUAAUAUUUUCGGACUUUUUAUCAAUAAGUGUGUUGAAGCAUACAUUUUACGCUGCUAAUAUGUCUAAAUACAUAUGUUAUCCCUUAAUUUUUUAAAUAAUUGAGAGCUCUAUUUAUUUAUGGGAUUAUUAAGUUCUGAUGAAAAUAUAAAUGUUGAAUUUCAGUUUAGUAAACUGAUGUUUUAAAAUUCCAUAGUUCAUGGCACACUAAUUUUUGGUGUUUUCAAUGGUUGCUAUUUUCCAUUUAUUGAAGAAUUUACCUACUUACAGCUUUAAAAACAAUGUUAGUCAUAUCAGUCCAUUGGUUGUCUAGUUUACCCAGGAGCCCUUGGAUAUUUAAUGUCCUAGGCAGAAAGGUGGAUGGGAGGGAAAAAUGGCAAAAGGAGAAAUAACACUUGCAGCAACUGUUUUAAAAUUAAGUAUAUAAAAGUAAAUAUUUAAGGACAUUUUCUAACA